AUGGAGCCUGCUACGGGGUCGAGUUCUAAUCCGCUAUCAUCGGCGUCUACCCUGAAGCCUCAUCUUCUUCAUGCGUACACUGACCCGAUGCCGAGCCGAAAGUCGCCUUUGGAGAAUAAGUUACUUUUGGAGGUACCCCGUGCUCUGGUAAUAUCAGGCCUGGAAAAUGCUAGUUUAUCAACUCAAAGAUCGCUCGUAAGGGUCUUGGCUGAGCGCAGGAUCGUUCUUGAAGGCCCAAACCGAGAUACCACUCAUAAAGAAGACGACGAGGAUGAGUGUGAUAGAAAGCAUCAUGCAGAAGACUAUGAUGGAACCUGGAAUUUGCCUGACGGCUUUAUUCUGAUUUUUGUGUGCCCACUAAACGAGAAAGACCGACCAGCUAUACACAAGAGCUUGCUCGAUAAAUUCGCCAUGUCUACCGAUAUUUUCGUCCCUCAGAGUAUUCGCAACGCGUUGCAUUCACUACCAUUCUCACCAACGCAUACCCAAUCUCAUCCGCACUUCUUCUCCUACUCGAACCCUUCGUCUCCCUCACCCAUGCACCCAAUAUCCCUCCCACAAGCACAAACACCACCAAUAUUCACCAAGCCUUUACCAUUUUCACAAAACAACAAGGCUCCUGACAAGCUUUUCCCAAACGACGCCAUCAUCCCUGCGUCCUUCCUUGAUACCCUCCGCGAGACAUCUCGACGCGCACAUAUCUCGCCGAUGCUGUCCCUGUUCCUGUCUGAUCUCUUCUCAGCGACGCGCCAUACCUCGCAGCUGGACGCGACUCUCCUCACGGCAACAGCGAUGAAGGAUGCCCAAGAUCUUGUACGUGCCGAGCGGGUGCUAGGGACCGACCUUACAGGCACGGAACUCGUACGGCCCACAGCUAAAUUCUACGACGACAUUUCAGAGGAGCUCUCAGAACUUAAUGGUCUCAAAGCCGGCCAAUCCCGGACGUCUGAUGACUUUUCAGAAUACGUGACUGUGAAUAUUUCGAGCGCUUCUCGAUCAACGACAACUUCCACCACCUCUUCGAUGAGCAGAGCCCCUGUAGUGCUAGACGUGUCUGAGGUGGACGUCGCGCGGAUUAUGCCGCGUGUUAUAACACAUCGAGUGAAGUUGCGCGAUGGGCCGGAGGAUGAGGUGCUUGCGAGCGCUGUUUUUGGUGCGACGUUCGGAUCUGGGUCUGGGUUUGAUGAGGAUGGUCCGAUGGGUGACAGUGAGAGUAUGUGGACUACUUGUCCACCUGACUCUGAUGAGCGCCAGGAGGGGCGUUGGAGUGGCUGGAAUGAAGGGAAGAGUCCGUUGCCAGUGAGAAAGACGACGACGGUAAAGGAAAUUUUGGUUGAUAUUCUGGGAGAAGUGUAG